AUGAGAUUUCUGCUAGCACUCUUCUUCUGCCUUCCAUUCUCUGCAACACAACGCUCCCCCACCCCUACUACCAGUAUACCUUCUCUCUUCCUCUGCCACAGCUCAAAAUUGUUGUACCAUAAGACCCUAAACACAAAAGGCUCUCUCUUUGGUUUCUCCAUCCCAUCACACCCAGCAGCUGUUAACCUUUACAUUAAUAUUCACAAACCAAGCCGGGUGCCUCGCCACUUGGUGUUCCAUCCCAGCUCACCAUCAGCAGCAGCCACGGAGUUCCCAAGUGAGUCCCCGGAUUUUGCCUCUUCCCAGAGGAAAUCUGGAAGGGGCAAGAUCGAGAUCAAGCGGAUCGAGAACACUACGAAUAGGCAGGUCACCUUCUGCAAGCGCCGGAAUGGGUUGCUCAAGAAAGCCUAUGAACUGUCUGUGCUUUGCGAUGCUGAAGUAGCGCUCAUCGUCUUCUCGAGCCGUGGCCGCCUCUAUGAAUAUGCCAACAACAGUGUUAGAGGAACGAUCGAGAGGUACAAGAAGACUUGCACUGAUUCAUCGACUACAGCAUCCGUUACCGAAACCAACACUCAGUAUUACCAGCAAGAAGCAUCCAAACUGCGUCGACAGAUACGAGAGAUUCAGAACUCUAAUAGGCACAUUCUGGGCGAAGCUAUUGGCUCUUUGAGCUUCAAGGAGCUCAAGAACUUGGAGGGGAGAUUGGAAAAGGCAAUUGGCAGAGUUAGAUCGAAAAAGUGUGAGAUGCUAUUUGCAGAAAUUGAGUACAUGCAGAAGAGGGAAAUUGAGCUGCAAAAUGACAACAUGUAUCUUAGGGCCAAGAUAGCGGAAGCUGACAGAGCAGCUGCAGCCCAACAGCAACAACCUCCGAAUCUGAUGCCGGCUGAAGGGCCAACAUAUGACUCGAUCCAGACACAGUCAUAUGACCGCAACUUCCUUCCGGUAAAUCUCUUGGAGCUGAGUAAUCACCAGCAGUACUCUCGAACGGACCAGACUGCUCUCCAACUCGUCUAAGAAUGUGGGGAGUUGAAGAUCGAUGAGCAUGCCACCGGAGGCCACUUCAGUUAUGAUAUAUAUAUAUAUAUAUAUGCUUUUCUUCAUGACAGCUGAAACUGAUGACCAUAUACAGUUUGAUAAAUUAAUUUGGUGGAAGAGACACCAGAAGUUUGUAAUAGCUGUUUCAACUUUACGUGAGGCGCAGCUUAUUAAUUAAUUAAUUAUGAACUAAUUUGCACGUACCUUCAACGUUAACGUGCUGCAUGAACGUUUUUGUUUAUGGCAACGUUUUGGGUUUAGGA